GGGCCGCGCCGCCGGCACAGUCCAUCCGCACGCACCAGCGCGAGACGUCGCCAUGAGGUGGCUCUUGGCCCUGGCGCUGGUGGCCGUCGCCCGGGGCCUGGUGGGCAAGUUGAAGCUGAGGAAGACCAAGUCCAUGAGAGAAGCCCUCUCGGAACGUGGCUUGCUGCAAGACUUCCUGAGCAAACACCCACCGUCGCUGGCUGCCAAGUACUUCCCCACCGCAGCCGCCUCUGAGCCCCUGGCCAACUACAUGGACCUGGAGUACGUGGGCACCGUGGCCAUCGGCACCCCSGCGCAGGAGUUCGCUGUCCUCUUUGACACUGGCUCCUCCAACCUGUGGGUGCCCUCGAUACGCUGCUCCAGCGAAGCCUGUGCCGAUCACCGGCGCUACAACCCAGCCCUGUCCUCCACGUACCGCGGCACCACCGACAGCAUCUCCAUCUGGUACGGCACGGGCAGCAUGGUCGGCUACCUGGCCUACGACACGGUGCGGGUCGCCAACAUCCAGGUGUCCAACCAGAUCUUCGGGCUGAGCGUGGUUGAACCCGGCUCCUUCCUCUACUAUAUGCCCUUUGAUGGCUUCCUGGGGCUGGCCUUCCCAAGCAUCUCCUCCUCCAACGCCACCCCUGUUUUUGACAACAUGAUGAGCCAAGGCUUGGUCUCCCAGAAUCUUUUCUCCAUCUACCUGUCUCCUAACGAGAACGGCAGCUUUGUCAUGUUCGGGGGCAUCGACGACACCUAUUUCUCCGGCAACCUCAGCUGGAUCCCUCUGUCCUCAGAGACCUACUGGCAAGUCAAAGUGGACAGCAUCACCAUGUACGGCCGCCCCAUCGCCUGCCCCUACGGCUGCCAGGGCAUCGUGGACAGCGGCACCUCGCUGCUGGCCGGACCUCCCGCCGGCAUCGGCAACAUCCAGUACGAGCUCGGUGCUGCCCAGGCCAAGAACGGCUCGUACAUGGUGAACUGCGACUUCAUCAGCCGCCUGCCCGACAUCAUCUUCAUCAUCAACGGCAUCCCGUUCCCGCUGCCACCCCAGGCCUACAUCCGCCAGCUGAAGGACGGCUCCUGCACAAGCGGCUUUGCGGCCUUCAGCCUCCACACGGCGGCCGGAGACCUCUGGAUCCUCGGGGACGUCUUCCUGCGCCGCUACUACAGCGUCUUCGACAGGGCCAACAACAUGGUGGGGCUGGCGCCCGCCCUGUGAGCGCGCCCGCGCAAUAAAGGGCCGCCGAGG